AUGCAAGCCGCGGAUGCAUCAAACAUCCCGAACAGUUCGCGUCUGAUCCCUUCGAAAUAUCACUUGAACGGCGACACCGGUUUUUCGCACGGCGCCUACCAUUCCAACCAUCCGAAUCAAGGUUUCUCCAACCGGAACGCUCGUCGCGCCAAUAUCCCUGCCAUCAACACCGCCGCCGCCGGCCAAACCAACGACAUGGCUUCCGGCGGUCCCUUCCAGCCCGGAACCCCCUCGGCCUUCGCCUCGCCUCAGUUCGCCAAUUUCGGCGGCUUUCCCCAAGCCAACGCCAACGGUCACGCGCCCAACUCCCAGAACCAGCUGGGCAGCCCGACUCAAGCCAUGCACAAUCCCGGCUUGUAUUCGGGGAUGAUAUCCACCGAUGGCCUCGGCGCCUCUCAGCUGCUGGGGGGACCCCAAUCCCCCAUCAAUGGCCUGGGAGGACUCGGCAGCGCCGCCCUAGGCAGCCCGGCGGCCUCAGUGGCGCCGGGAAUGUUGUCGAGCACGAGCCGAACAGUAUAUUUGGGUAACAUUCCGGCUGAAACAAGCGCGGAGGAAAUCCUGAACCAUGUGCGUAGCGGACAGAUCGAGUCGGUUCGGCUGCUUCCCGACAAGAACUGCGCCUUCAUUUCCUUCUUGGAUAGCAGCUCGGCUACACACUUCCAUUCCGAUGCCAUCUUGAAAAAGUUGGCCAUCAAGGGCAAUGACAUCAAGGUGGGCUGGGGCAAACCCUCCCAGGUCCCCACCUCCGUCGCGUUGGCGGUACAGCAGUCGGGCGCGUCGCGUAAUGUCUAUUUGGGCAACCUGCCGGAGGAGACCACAGAGGACAAUCUGCGAGAGGAGCUGGGCAAGUUUGGGCCCAUCGACACCGUGAAGAUUGUGAAGGAGAAGGCCAUUGGCUUCGUCCACUUCCUCUCCAUCAGUAAUGCCAUGAAGGCCGUCACACAACUCCCCCAGGAACCACAGUGGCAGGCCCCGAAGCGCGUCUUCUACGGAAAGGACCGCUGUGCCUACGUGUCCAAGACCCAGCAGCAGAACGCUGCUCAAUUCUUGGGUAUUGCGCCUGGUUAUGCCCACGUGUUGAACUCGGCGGACCGUGAUCUGAUCUCAAAUGCGCUCGCCCAGCAGUCCGUCGCUGCGGCCGCCGUGGCGACCACCGCUGGCGGUGUCAAUAACCUUGGAAACCGUACCAUCUAUCUUGGAAACAUUCACCCCGAAACCACCAUUGAGGAGAUUUGCAACGUCGUCCGGGGCGGUCUGUUGCACCACAUCCGAUAUAUCCCCGACAAGCACAUUUGCUUCGUCACCUUUAUUGACCCCACCUCGGCGGCCUCCUUUUAUGCCCUGAGCAAUCUGCAGGGCCUGAUGAUCCACAACCGACGAUUGAAGAUCGGCUGGGGUAAGCACUCGGGCCCUCUUCCGCCUGCGAUUGCCCUCGCUGUCAGCGGUGGUGCUUCACGGAAUGUUUACAUUGGCAACUUGGAUGAGGCUUGGACCGAAGAGCGCCUGCGUCAAGACUUUUCUGAAUACGGCGAGAUUGAAUUAGUGAAUACGUUGCGCGAGAAGAGCUGUGCCUUCGUCAACUUCACCAACAUUGCCAACGCCAUCAAGGCCAUUGAGGGCAUGCGUAACCGUGAGGAGUACCGGAGGUUCAAGAUUAACUUUGGCAAGGACCGCUGCGGCAACCCCCCGCGCCAGGCUGGGAACCACGGUAACUCUCCCCAGAACCGUAAUGGCGCCGGUUUGGAAGGCCCUCAAUCCCCUUCCCCGGCUCCCAACGGGUUCCAACAGAAUCUGAGCCAGUCUGGAUCCCAGUCAAGUCCAACCCGGCCUGCUCUGUCUCCAGCCCCCGGCUCUACUGGAUCCCAGAAUGGUCAGCGCCACCCCCUGCAGACCGUGUCUUCUCCCUCGGGAGUGCUGAAUGUGGGUUCAAACAACCCCCUGACUAUGUACCUAAACCAAAUGUCAGCCCAACAAGCACAGGAACAAGAGAACCGCCUCAAUGACUCCAUGGCUCUCGCUGGCCUUCAAGGCCAGUCUCAGACCCCGUCACAGCAGCCUUUAUAUAAUGGCACUACCAAUGGGGAGCUUUCCAAUGGCACCAUGGAAGCUCCUAUGCACCAGCACAAGUCUUCUGCCAACGGCUACCUGAGCGUUGCCGGCAACUCGUCUGGUCCCGGCCACCAUGCAACUGCUAGCACCAGCAGUCUGAGUGUGCCACGCGCCCAGCACUCCCGUGCUGUCAGUCUGCCGUCGUUCUCACAGGAGCCAUUUGGACCAGUCUCUGGCCAAAGUCAUAUCCGCACCGGUGCCCAUCAGCCCCAGAGCAGCUUCUCUAGCUUUUCUGCGCUCGGGGGGCUCAACCACCCCGGAUUCGGACUGGCUAUUCAAAAUGAGAACUCCUUGCCCGGCUGGGCUGAAGAGGAGAUUGGGGCUAAAUAA